UUGCUAGGGUUUUUCGCGGCGUCAUAGUGGUGACAAGUCAAAAACAUCAACAACUUUAAUCAUAACCUUAGAUUUACGACUAUUUAAAAGAUAGGUUUUUUGCGAUAAAAUGGAUUUUAAGUGUCGUUUUUGUUUAAUUAAAACUGAACCGGGCUCCUCUGUCAACCUUUUUGAAUCUGGCUUUGUUGGACGAGGUAAUGAAAUUAUCUGCGAUGCAGUAAUGAGUUUUGCACCAGAAGUUAAAAUUUCUCCUGAAGAUGAUUUCCCACAGUCGGUGUGUAAAGAGUGUCUCCACAAACUAAACAGUUGCAUUGAAUUUAGAACAUUGAUAAUAGCAUCAGACGCUAAAUUAAAAAACCAGAAUAUAAUAAUGAAGCUUAAGGAAGCAAUCACUUCUGCGUUAAGUUUUGAAGAGCCUACUCAAGAAGAAACAAUUGGCACUAAAGAAGAAGGCGCUAGUGAAUUUAUUGACGUUCAAAAUAUUUAUUUGGAAGAAUGUAAAGAUGAAAAACUUGUACCAAUUAAAAAAAAGCACAAACGCGAAGCUUGCGAAGACAAGAAACCCGUGAUAAAAAAGCACAGAUGUGAAGAGUGUGAUUUACUAUUUAGGUACAGAUAUCAGUAUAUUGCCCACAAACAUAAGCACACUGGUGACAUGCCUUAUCGUUGCGAUUUAUGUGAUAAGGGCUUUGGGCUGAAUUACCUCUUAACCAAUCAUAGGAGGAUCCACUUUGAGGAACGUCCCUUCAAGUGUGAGGACUGUGACAAAGCAUUCAAGUUUCAGAGCUGUCUGGUCCUUCACAAAAGAAUCCACAAAGGAAUAAAACCAUACAAAUGCGAUUUGUGUGACAAGAGUUUCGUCCAAUCAGGCGGUCUGCAGGUGCACAGGAGAAGACACACCGGGGAAAAGCCCUACGUGUGCGAGUUUUGCAGCAAAACGUUCGCAGGCUCUGAUUCCCUGUGUAAGCAUCUGAAGACACACCAGGACGGGCCUUCAGUGUUUUGUCCAGUUUGUGAUAAGGGUUAUAAGAACGAGUAUUACAUGAAAUUGCAUUUGAAGCAAUGUCACACCAAUGAAAAGCGUUACAGUUGUGAAAUUUGUCAGAAAAAGUUUACGGCUAAGCCUAGUUUGAAUGUGCAUAUGAGGAUACACAGUGGAGUUAAGCCUUUUGAGUGUAAAGUGUGCAACAAAAGUUUUACUCAGUCUAGUGUUUUGAUGAGGCAUAUGAGGACGCAUUCAGGGGAAACCCCCUAUCCCUGCAACUUGUGCGAGAAAAGGUUUGCCUACUCGCACCAUCUUUUAAAACAUGUGCAGAAAGAACAUCCAGAGAUUAGUUCUUAAAUUAAUUGUGUGAGAAAUGUCUGUAUUUUUUUUGUAAAAUUUCUAUAAUAAAAUUUAUAAAAA